GACGUGACAAUGUGACAUUUUCAAUUCAAUCAAAAAGUCAAAACAAAGUUGUAUAAAAACUUGUAGUUUUAUGCUUAUUUUCUGUUUAUUUUAUAAAAACAAUAACUUUUCUGCGAAAUUAUUUUAAUUUUUAGUUUGAUGCAAUGGAAUGCAAUUGGAUAAAGAUAUCGCCAAGUUUGAGCAAAGGUGUUGGUGUUAUCAAUCAGUUAGAUGAAACACGUUUCGAACAGUUUCUUCGUCGUAUAGUUGCAAAGUUAAAACUUCAGAGUGCAGAAAUAUUCACAGAAGAUGAAAGAACCAAGCUGGAGAAAAUAUUUGGUAUUGAUCAGGAAAACUUAGUGUUGAGCAUUAAAACUUUGCAAUACAUAUUUAAAAGAAUGCUCAAAUAUAUUUUUAUGCCUACCAAUUUGAAAAAUGAUCUCAAAGGUAUAGGAUUUAAUAAUGAAAAGUCUGAUUCACUGGUGAAAGUUUGGUCAGCGGAGACAAGAACAACUCUUAAUGAACUUGGUUCUACAACAAACAAAAGCAGUGAUUCUCUGAAUUUUUCAUGGAAAUUAAAUGCUGAAUUAAGUUCAGAUUACCGAAAGAAGUGUAAGGUUCCGAAAGCAUAUUUGUCACUAAGAGACACAAAAGAAACUGAAAUAGAAUUAACCCAUCCUGAGUUAUAUUCAAUUUUUCUUCAAUUCGAAUCUAUUCAGAAUGACUUGGACAAUUUAAUUAAAUAAAUAAAUAUUUGUUGUAUCAGCUAUGAGAGUUGUAUUGAAGUGAUCUAUGUGAUGGACCAAGACAAUGAUGAUAUAGAUGCAAAGGCAAUAUUGUUAUUAUGGUAGAAAUAAAUAGCCUUGAUCUGGAGACAAUCUUGUAAUAUUUUGUUAGUAUAAGACAUAAAUAGAAAACACAAUAUGUCUCGAGUGGAUAUGUGUUCCGGCUCAUGAAGGUUUAAUUAGUUAGGAUUUUACUUUAUCUAUGUUAAAAAUGCUCUUCAAUCACCUGUUCUAUUUGUUACAGCUCUAUUAAAUCUCUACUUAUUAUUAUUGUAAAAUUGUUGUAUAGUUAGGUACUGAGUAUUUUAUUUGUAAAUUGUUAAUGGAUAAAACCUUAUUCUAAAUAAAUAUUUUUUGUAA